UCGUGGGCGAGCCCGCGUGUGUGAGUUGACGAGACAACUUCCUGGUGGGAAACGCGUCUCUUGCAGGUGGGCUACCUUGACGUUUUUCCUAUGGGAAAGCGCGGGAGCCGGAGCCAGAGCCAGCUGCUCACCACCCUGACUAAGAAGCAGAAGAAGCAUCUUCGGGAUUUCGGCGAGGAGCAUCCCUUCUAUGACAAGGUUUCUGGAAAGGAGGGAAAACCACAGAUUUAUCAACUGUCAGAGAGUUCAGAUACUUCAAGUUCUGAAAGUGAAGCAGAGAGUGAACCAGAACAAGUUUCCGGGUACCACAAACUACUUGCCACAUUAAGGAAUGCUCCAGAAGAAGAUGAGGAGGAGGAGGAGGAAGAUGAAGAAGAGGAAGAAGACAGUGCUGUAGAUGAGGCGGAAAUGAACAGUGAAGAUGGUGAUAGUGAUGUCAGUGUGGGGAAAGAGACAACAGGAGAGUCUACCAAAGUGCAGGAGAGUACGGUUUUACCUGCUGACCCUGAAGGAAAAGGUGGGGAUGGGCUGCUUGGCACAUCACAAGAAUCCCUUGAGGAGUUUACAGAUGCAAAACACGAGUCACUCUUCAGCCUGGAAACCAAUUUUCUUGAAGAGGAAAGUGGAAGCACAUGUUCUCUGAAAGUAUCACAAGAUCCAUUUCUACAACAUGUGAACAAAGAACUGAAGGAAAAAGAAAUUCAGGCUGUUGUCACAAAUCCCAAAACUUCUCAUCAGCUAAAAUGGCCCAUAUUGGGCCAGCUUGUCUUUUCAUCCAAGUUUCAGAAGUUGGACACAUUUAAACCCUCAAAGGACAUUGAUUUAAAGUCACUUCAUCUCCAGAAGCCUCUGGAAUCCACCUGGACCAAGACCAACAGCCAGUUCCUCUCUGGUCUCCCAAAAUCAAGUGGCCCCUUCACAUCCCUCCAGAAAGAGCUCUUCUUAAUUAUGAAUUCUUACCGGGACCUCUUCUACCCAGAAAGGACUGCCCUGAAGAAUGGGGAGGAGAUCCGCCACGUGUACUGCCUACAUGUAAUAAAUCAUGUCCUCAAAGCCAAUGCGCAGGUGCUUGGUAACAAUAGCAGACGCCGCAGCCAGAAACUUGGGGUGGGUGACGAUGAUGACUUCAGAGACCAAGGGCUAACAAGGCCCAAGGUGCUGAUAGUGGUGCCCUUCCGGGAGGCUGCUCUGCGAGUCGUACAGCUCUUCAUCAGCCUCCUUGAGGGUGACAGUAAGAAGAAAAUAAUUGUGAGCAACAAAAAGAGGUUUAAGGGAGAGUAUGGCUCAGAUCCUGAGGAAAGACCACCCAACCUGAAGAGGCCUGAGGAUUACGAAGCCGUGUUUGUCGGCAACAUUGAUGACCACUUUCGGAUAGGAGUGGCAAUACUUCAGAGAAGCGUCCGACUCUAUGCCCCCUUUUACUCCUCCGACAUCCUCAUUGCCUCCCCGCUGGGCUUGAGGACCAUCAUUGGUGCAGAAGGAGAGAAGAAGAGAGAUUUUGACUUUUUGUCUUCCAUUGAGCUUCUCAUCAUUGAUCAAGCCGACAUUUACCUGAUGCAGAAUUGGGAGCAUGUCCUGCAUUUGAUGAACCAUAUGAACCUACUGCCCUUGGAUUCUCAUGGGGUGGACUUCUCUCGAGUGAGGAUGUGGAACCUCAAUAAUUGGUCCAAGUACUAUCGCCAGACCCUGCUUUUUGGAGCCCUACAGGAUGCCCAGAUCAACUCCGUGUUCAACAAGUACUGCGUCAAUCUGCAAGGCCAGGUGGCUGUGAGGAGCGUCCCAACAACAGGCUCCAUCAGCCAUGUCCUGGUGCAGCUUCCACAUGUCUUCCAGAGGAUGGAAGCUGAAAACCUAGCUUCAGUGAUUGAUGCCAGGUUUAACUUUUUUGUGAACAAGAUUUUGCCUCAGUAUCGUGACGCCAUCAUGUCUCACACGCUCAUCUAUGUCCCCUCCUACUUUGACUUUGUGCGCCUCCGGAAUUACUUCAAGAAGGAAGAACUGAAUUUCACCCACAUCUGCGAGUACACCCAGAAGUCUGGUAUCUCCAGGGCCAGACACUUCUUCCUUCAAGGAGAGAAACAGUUCUUGCUCCUCACAGAACGCUUCCACUUCUACAAAAGGUAUACCAUUAAAGGGAUCAGGAACCUGAUUUUCUAUGAACUGCCAACGUACCCGCACUUCUACAGUGAAGUCUGUAACAUGCUGAGCGCCACCAGCAGAGGAGGGGAAGCCACCUGGACUUGCACUGUCCUCUACUCCAAGUAUGAUGCCCAGAGGCUGGCUGCUGUGGUUGGUGUGGAGCGGGCUGCACAGAUGCUCCAGUCCAAGAAGAAUGUCCACCUCUUCAUCACUGGAGAGAGAUGAGAAUUUGUUGGGCAGGGAAUGGUGUUGGCGGGUUACAUAAUGCUUGCUUCUGUGCCCUUGGACCCAGGUCUGAUCACUUAUAUGAGAGAAGGACUGCUAUAGGAAGGAGCACCAGGCAGCAUCAUGGUGGAUAAUUCUUUUCAGGUUGUGUGUUCCUGAAAAGUUAAAUAUAAACCAGAUUUUGGUCAUGUCUUUCAGAGGUCAGGAGGGAGCUGAUAGAACUCCGAGAGGUUGAUAGAGGAAAAAACUUCUACUUGAAACUCUUUGUAAGCCAUAAAUUCUUUUAUUGUUAUUUUAUUCUCUAAUUUAUUACACUUGGUAAAUUCUUUCAGAUUUGCCUUUUUCUGUUUGACGCUUUCUUAAAGUAAGGCAUACGUGUCAUUGCUUGAGAACUGGUUAUGAGAAAUUGGAAUACUUCUUGCUGCUGAAUAUCAUAAUUUUGGAUCACACAGGUUUUGCAAAAACUAUUACUUUUCUCCAGCCAAACUUUUUUAAACCUUAAACAUUCUAUUUUU